CUCAGCCCCGGGGAGCUCCAGUGCAGACGCAGCGAGUCGCCCGUCAGCUUGGGGCACAGCAAGAAACCACAAGGCACCGCGCAGCAGAGACGCCCAGGGAUGGGGCGCUGGGGCUGGGGGGUGCUGUUGGGCUUGGCCACCUUCGUGGCUGUAGCCUUGGGUUCCCAGCACAAGACGCUGAGCUAUGAAGAGGCCGUGUCCUUGGCUGUUGACUUCUACAACCAGGGGCCGGGCAUAGACCAUGCCUUCCGGCUCCUCCGCGCUGACCCCCAGCCUGCAUGGGACAUGACGUCCAAGCCCCGUCAGGAGCUGCAGUUCGUGGUCCGUGAGACCGUGUGCCCGCGGGCCCAGGACCCCCCAGCCAGCGAGUGUGACUUCAAGGACAACGGGCUGGUCAGGAACUGCACGGGGCUGUUCUCCAUGGAGCGGGAGUCUCCCACCGUCAUCAUCACCUGCGACACGGUGACCCCGGAGCAGCAUGUCCGCGUCAGGAGGUCCGGAUGGCGGAAUAGGAGCAAGAGACGUCGUGGGUCUGGGUCCAGGCGUGGCCGGUUCUCCCACAUCGCGCAUGGUGGAAGAAAAGGCCAUGAGAGGAUAAUUGAGCAAGGGCCAGUUCCUGUAAAAAGCAGGAAAACCUCAGCCCCCGGGGAGCUCCAGUGCAGACGCAGCGAGUCGCCCGUCGGCUUGGGGCGCAGCGAGAAACCACAAGGCACCGCGCAGCAGAGACGCCCAGGGAUGGGGUGCCGGGGCUGGGGGGUGCUGCUGGGCUUGGCCACGCUCGUGGCGGCUGCCUCGGCUUCUCAGCGCAAGAUGCUGACCUACAGAGAGGCCGCGUUGUUCGCUGUCGACUUCUACAACCGACAGCCGGGCAUAGACCAUACCUUCCAGCUCCUCAGUGUUGAACCGCAGCCCGUGCCGGACACGACGUCCAAGUCACGUCAGGAGGUGCGGUUUGUGGUCUGUGAGACCGUGUGCCCACAGGCCGACAACCACCCAGACAGUGAGUGCAACAUAAAGUUCAACGGGCUGGUCAGGAACUGCAUGUGGCUGUUGUCCACGGAGCACAAGUUGCCCACCUCCAUCAUCACCUGCGACACGGUGACCCCGGGGAAGGGGCUGCCCGGGCACAGCGCAGCACCCUGGCAGCCGAAGAGCACCCGCAGCAUGCAGCCCUGCCGGAGAGCGCUGCUGGUGCUGGGGGCGGCCGUGGCCGUGGCCGUGGCCCUGCCCGCGCCCCCGGCCGCAGCCCCAGCCCCAGCCCCAGCCCCGAACAGCUACCAGGAGGCUCUGGCCGUGGCCGUCAACACCUACAACCAGGAGUCGGGCCUGCCCCAGGCCUACCGCCUGCUGGAGGCUGAGCCCCAGCCCCAAUGGGACCUGGCCUCCCAGCCUGUGCAGCCGCUGAAGUUUUCCAUCAAGGAGACGGAGUGCCUGCUGUCGGAGAAACGCGACAUCGGCCAGUGUCCGUUCAAGGACAAGGGGCUGGUCAAAGACUGCACCGGGAUCUACUCCGCGGAGAAGAAGCCCCCCAUCGUCACGGCCAACUGCGAGGACGCGGGUCAGGGGCCUCAGCUCGUCAAAAGGGUGAACUGGAGGAAAAUAGGACGAAAUACAGCUCUGGGGGCCUCCUACGUCUUGAGUUUUCUGGGCUAGGCAGGAAGAGCAGGCGGCAAGCGGCUGCCCCGCAAGACCCAGCCACGCCGCCCGCCGUCCCACGCUUGGAAGCAGCCUCGGAAACGUGGCCCCGGCCCACCCCGAGAGCUGCUGAGCUCCUGCCUCUCCUCGCGCCUUCGCUGCUGCUCCCUGGGCCCACGCAGGGUCCUCCUUGCAAUAAAUGGUGGCUCUGCAAA